AUGCCUCAGAACGAGUACAUGGAGAGAUGGAGGAAACUCCACGGUCGCCGUCUCGACCACGAAGAGCGCCAGCACAAGAAGGAGGCCCGCCAGGGCCACAAGGCCUCGGAGGAUGCCCAGAACCUGCGCGGCCUGCGGGCCAAGCUGCACCAGCAGAAGCGCCACAAGGAGAAGAUCCAGAUGAAGAAGCAGAUCAAGCAGCACGAGGAGCGCAACGUCAAGUCGGCCGCCGAGCAGGACCCCUCGACCCCGCUGCCCAACUACCUGCUGGACCGCAGCAACCCGACCAGCGCCAAGGCCCUGAGCAGCGCCAUCAAGAACAAGCGCGCCGACAAGGCCGCGCGCUUCGCCGUCCCCCUUCCCAAGGUCAAGGGCAUCAGCGAGGAGGAGAUGUUCAAGGUCAUCUCGACGGGCAAGAAGACGGCCAAGAAGGGCUGGAAGCGCAUGGUGACCAAGCCCACCUUUGUCGGCCCGGACUUCACGCGCCGCCCCGUCAAGUACGAGCGCUUCAUCCGCCCCAUGGGCCUGCGCUACAAGAAGGCCAACGUCACCCACCCGGAGCUCGGCGUCACCGUCCAGCUGCCCAUCAUCUCGGUCAAGAAGAACCCCCAGAACCCGCUCUACACCCAGCUCGGCGUCCUGACCAAGGGCACCGUCGUCGAGGUCAACGUCUCGGAGCUGGGCCUCGUCACCGCCGGCGGCAAGGUCGCCUGGGGUCGUUAUGCCCAGAUCACCAACAACUGCGAGAACGAUGGCUGCGUAAAUGCUGUGCUGCUCGUAUAG